AUGCAAGUAGGCAAUUGGGCGCGCGAUUUUGGGCACCAAUCUGGGCGUGCAAGUAGCACAGUUCUAGGCGAGAUGCCUCAAGAGGUGGACAACAUCCUUGAAGUGCCUAUGGCGUUGGGGCAAGCAGUGGGUAGCACCUGUGAAGCACCUAUGGCGUUGGACGGGAGGCCCCAGGCUUCGGGUGCUGGCAGCGAGACAUCUAUCAUGUUGGACGCUGCUUUUGAGGCACUUCUGCAACUGGGCGAGAAGCUGUUAGCCAUGGGUACUUUUGGUGGUGACAAUUCUGGCAAUGUGGUGGAUGAUCUGGCUCCUUUAGAUGGAACUCCUCAAAGUCAGAUUCCUUAG